AGGGUGUGGCAGGGAGGUGUCUGUGAACAGGGACCAUGUGCCUCUUCCACUGCAUGCAGGGUUUGAGUCUCCUGCAGGACCCACCCCAUCACCCUCCGUGCCCCCGGCACCCCCGUGGCAGGGCCGCAGUGUGGCCAGCUCCAAGCUCUGGAUGUUGGAGUUCUCUGCCUUCCUGGAGCAGCAGCAGGACCCUGACACGUACAACAAGCACCUGUUCGUGCACAUUGGCCAGUCGAGCCCAAGCUACAGCGACCCCUACCUCGAAGCCGUGGACAUCCGCCAGAUCUAUGACAAAUUCCCAGAGAAGAAGGGGGGGCUCAAGGAGCUCUUUGAACGGGGACCCUCCAAUGCCUUUUUUCUCGUGAAGUUCUGG